GGGGUUACAGGCAAAGGAGAGCAAGGGAGGGGUAGAGAGACCAGAUCAGAGGAGUGGAGAGCAAGGAAUAGGAGAAGAGUGUAACGAGAGGUGGAGAGGAAAAGAGGUGUGGAGAACAGAGGAGUGUAAAGGAGAGAGGAGAGGAGAAGAAAGGAGAGUUAAAGAGAGGAGACUGCCACCUCAGCAGACAGUGCCUGCGUGCUACCGACAGGACCUAAGCUAAUCCAAGCUAAGCUAAAGCUGAAUCCAGAGAUUCACGACACAGCCAACAAACCAGCUCACCACUUCUUCCCCCAUGGACUGCAUGAUGAGGGCCCACAGUAUAUCCCUGGCUUUGGUCCUAAUUGUUUCACUCAUGGCCAUCCCAGCUGCAGCCAGCUACGACCAGAACUCCCAGCCAUGCAUGCUGUCCAAUCGUCCCACAUCAUAUAAGACCUUCCUGAAGCGCCACAUUCUGGAGGGCGCCCCCAGCAUGGACGACCAGAACGCCUGGGAGGCUCUGCUGCGCAGCAAGCAGUUCUGCUACCGGCCGACCCAGUCCUUCCUGCCCGAGAGUGAGAGGAGGAGAGUGGAGGCCGUCUGUAGCCCUGAGGGGGGGAAGGCCUUUGAAGGAAACAUGUGCAUCAGCAAGCAGCCCUUCACCUUCGUGACGGUGCGCGUGGAGCAUGGCACGUGUGGCAUCAAACGUAUCGAGCGGCAAACGCGGCACCUCAUCCUGGCCUGCGAGCGGCUGCAGAACGUAUGUCAGCCAGUCCACUUUGAGGGGAACCCACUCAACCUCACGCCCGACCGGAACCGGCCCGACUGCGGCGUGACCCGUGGUGCCGGGUCCAGGACGGAGGCUGCUGGGCUACUGUGCACGCUCAGCCUGCUGUUGGUUCUGGCCGUGCAGGCUGUGCUGUGAGUCAAUCAGGAGGCUGGAGCGGCGUGACUGGCUGUUAUUUCAUCCACUUACAGGACAAAGUUUUCCAGUCAUUUCCUGUGGAAUCAAUCCCCGCAUCCGGAUUUGGGCAAAAGGGAAUAGCCUAUUUGGCUUACAGGGUUUACUUUGUACUACUUUAGGAGGCCUGAUGAGACUGACACAUAGUUUCCUGCUGUAUUUCAAAGCCCUAUCGUCAAUUGCUGUACCACUACUUUUUGGGACUUAAGUUAAUGCAUGUUGCACUUGGCUGAGCUGUUCUUGUAUGAAGACUUAAAAAAAAAAGAAAAGAAAUGUAAACAUGCCUAUCCAGCAGCAAUCUACAGUAUCUUUGUGUGCCAGCUGUGCCUGUUAUCCUGACUACCGAUUGACCAGUCGUAGUAAUCAAGGCUGCUGAAGGACGCCAUCACUGCCACCAGUUAUGUAGACAGAUAUCUACUAUGGUGACGUUUGAAAUACUUAUUUGACACAACUGAUUAUACUGUAUAUUUUUGACCAAACACUAAAUAGAACAUGCUGCAAAUGGCUCAUCUUGCCCAGUAGAGGGCGCUCUUGCACCAUGAUUUACCAUGAUAGUUUGAUAGUUGGGAUGUUCUGGUUUACAAGCCCCCUCGUCAAGUUAUUUGUUUAGUAGCCAUUUACUUUUUAUUCAGUCCUCGUGUUUCUUUUAAUGUUACUUUUCUUUAUUUUUUUAUUUGGUAUUGUUAAGGACUGAUUUAUUCUUUGCAACGCACAAACAUAAUGGUUCGACACAUAGUCUGCACUGCUAGGCUACUGAACACAUAAUCAGUAUUUUAAAUCCAUGCUUGUGUCUUGAAGUCAUAUUCAGAUGAUGUGCUGGUUUUCUAUGAUUAAAUUAAAAGCUUUUGAUGAAC